AUGUCUUCAUCCGUGUACUGCCCCACCUUGCACACCAGCUACGGCUCGGUCGCACCGCUGUCCCCAUUCGGCGAGAAGGUCGGCGUGCAUAAGACGAAUAUCUUCAAUCUGAAGCCUAGCUACGGCCUCAGCGUCAUACGAGACGACACGUACACGACCGGCAACGGCACCGUCACUGGAACUUUGGGGCAGCCAGAAUUCGUCCUGACGGCUCCCGCAUCGUCCUCAGCUAGCCUGGUGAGUGCGGAGCGUGGUCGCUAUAUCGCCGGCUUCUCCGCCGAAGUAGGGAUCGGGGUGCGGGUGCCACAAGCCCUGACGGGCACUCAGACUUUUCAGUGGGGAUACACAGACAGUAGCUUCCAGAACGGCUUCUACUUUCAGAUCUCUGCCUCAGGGCUGUCUGCCAACAUCGUGCGCAACGGGGUAGUCAGCAGCAUCCCAGCCUCCUCCUUCAAUUGCGACCGUCUCGAUGGCACCGGCCCCAGUGGCCAGAUCUUGGACAUGACCAAAGGCAACAUCUGGCACAUCGUCUACUCGUGGUAUGGUUACGGAGCGGUCAACUUCCAGCUGGUCUGCACCGAUACUUUCGGUAAUCAGUUCGUGCAGUCGCUCCACCGUUGGGCGCCGUCCGGUCAGACUUCCACGAUGUUUCCGAACCUCAACAUAAGUACGUUGCUGAAUAACACCGGAAGCGGCACCAUCAAUGCCUACGUCGCCGGCCGCCAGUAUUCAAUAUACGGGGAGGAGAGCACGACUCACCGCGUCACCUCCGGUUACAACCAGGUCACCGUGACUUCGGCGACCUGGAAGCCCAUAGUCUCCUUCCGUCGCAAAACCGGUUGGACGCACUGCGGCGUUCGUCUGAUCUCCUACGAUGCAUUCGCGAAUCAGGAUGCAUACCUGCAGGUGCGGGUGACGUCUACGCUGACGGGAGCGUCCUGGACUACCGUACAAGAUUCUCUCGAUGCGGAGACCUGCCUGCAGGUCGACACGUCCGCGACCGCCAUCAGCGGGGGUCUGGUGCUAUACACGACCGGCGUGAGCAGCGCAAAGGCCGGCGGAUCGACCGACGUGCUCGACAUUUACCUCAACGAGACGGACAUCAUCACGGAGGGCACACCCAUGUCGCUCAUUCCGGGAAACGCCACCGUGGUAGGGAAUCUGGCCGUGGCGGGCAACAUAACUUCUUUCACCAAUCAAGUUCCGACGGACUCCUGCGGCGACAUCCGGACGGUCGAAAAGACCAACAUCAUCGACCUCAACUCUACCUGCGGCCUCACUCAGCUGCGCGACGCGGUGACCACGACCGGCACCGGCACUUUGACGGGCACCGCAGGGCAGCCGGAGUUCGUACUGACGCUCACGGGCUCCGGCGACUCCGUACUCCUGCAGAGUGCCGAGCGCGGCCGCUUCGUAGCGGGGUACACGUUCGAGGUAUGCCUUAUCCUGCGCUCCGUCGUCGGUGCCGCCGCCUGGGGGGCGGGGCAGUAUCUCAAGGUCGGCUACUAUGAUGGCACCAACGGCUUUUACUUCCUCGUCGACUCGACCGGCCUGAACGCGUGCACGAUGCGCAACGGCGUGGAGACCAGGACCAAUCAGGCAAACUUCAACGUGGACAAGAUGGACGGGACCGGCCCGAGCGGGCUGGUCUUCGGUAUGACCACCGGGUGCAUGUUUAAGAUCAUCUAUGGCUGCUACGGCUACGGGGCGUUGGUCUUUGCUUCUUGCCCGGUCACUUCUGCAGGCGUGCAGUAUCUGCAGCACAUGCACCGCAUGGUCCCCGGCACGCAGACCUACUCUAUGUACCCCAACCUGCCGCUGUCUAUCUACGCCACCAACGGCACGACCGCCACGAGCCGCACGUUGUACAUCGCCGGUCGUCAGUAUUCCAUGAUCGGACACUGGCUGCCUCACAAGCGCAACAACGCGGCGUACGUUCUCAACCGCGGAGGGGUCUCCACGACCUUCUUACCCAUCAUCAGCCUGCGCCGCAAGAGCAAUUACCUCCACUGCCCCGUACGCCUAAAGGGCAUCGACGUCCUCUCCACCACCGACUGUCUGAUCCAGGUCCGCGUUGCGACGACCGUUACCGGCGGCACCUGGACGGAUCUACAGGAUCAGCCAACCACCGAGAGCGCUCUGCAGUGCAACACGAGUGCGACCGCCGUGUCGGGAGGGAUCGUGAUCUACGUGGAGAUGCUCCAGGCGGGGCGCAUGCUGAACGACAAGGACCAGGUAGAGUUCGACUUUAGGGACAACGACGUGCUUACGACCGCGAGGGACGAGAUCAGGAUCAGCACGCCGCACGGUGCCUUCGCCUUCGCCACGUCAUCCGUCCGAGCGGUCAAGCUCGGCCACGUGGUCGCUCCAGUUCGGACCCUACUUAAGACGGACGGAUCGGAUAGAGAUACUCUCAUUCGACAUGGAGCCGGACGCGCAGAAGCGAAAGAGGGAGGAGAAGGAGCCGACCGGCGGGGCGAAGUUCACAAAGACCAUCCGGGGGUGGAGAGCGGACGCUAA